UACUACUUUGUCACAGGCUGCUAUGUAGAUUAACCUUUCAAUUAGUUGUUAUCAGGUCCUUUCUGCCUCAGCGAGAGCUGUCGCGUGCGUUCAUUUAUUAAAUCACGUUAGCCACAAGAAAGCUUUUGGAUAUACUUCCUUUUUAUAUUUAUUCUUCAUCGUUUCAAGUAUUGCGUUUUGAAGAGAAGAGAUCCCGAAAACUUGACAAGGAUUCAGCUGAAGGACAUUUACAGAGCAAGGUUGUUUAGUGGAGGCAGUCCCAACCAUUGAGUAACUAUCUUCAGAUCUCCCUGAUCUGAAAUUUAAUUCAUCCUUACCAGGAAUUACAAGAAUGUCAUAUGUUAUGGUUGUCAGAUUAUUUUCAGAGUCCUUUUUGAACUAUGGAUGCAUUUAAUUUGUAAUAAGGAAAGGUAAAGCUAUAUGGAUCACUCUGUCCUGAAACAAAUUGUUCAAUCAUGGUAAAACUUGCAAACCCCUUGUACACGGAGUGGAUUCUUGAAGCAAUACAGAAGAUCAAAAGGCAAAAGCAAAGGCCUUCGGAAGAGAGAAUAUGCCAUGCUGUUGCAGGGUUGCAUGGACUAGACAAGAAGACGGUACUUGAGCAUUUGGAAUUAAGUGUUCAUGAUGGCUCCAUCCUCAAGGUUACAAAUAAGGGGUGUGCAUCGUAUAAAGACCCUGACAACCCUGGGCGAAUAGCAUCUGUCAAAUCUGGAGGCAUUUCUGUGCCUCUUAAAGGAUCUGCAUGGAGCUCAGUUGACCUGCGUCAUGUAGAUUGGAAUACGAUACUGAAAAGAGCUAUUGAAGGUCUUGAUGAUGCCAGUGGUUCCUCACUGAAGAACAUUGAAAGAUUCCUAAGGAACCAGGAUGACCUGUCAAACAUCAUCAGCAACCCAAUGUUCCAGCAACGGCUACGGCUAGCGGCUAAACGAGCGGUUAAUAAUGGAAGGUUAUUGAAGAAUGGACCACUUUACAGAAUGAACUAUGGAAGUGCAGAGGCAAGGGCAUCUUCCAGAUGUACAAGUGCUUCCCCAUUGCUCCUCACACGUGUUACACUUCUUCCACAUGAGAAAGACCAGCCUCGUGCCGACCCCAUCCCAAUAUGCAGUUUCUGUUUGGGUACGAAAGAGUCCAAUCGGGACAAGAGGCCGGAGGAGCUCCUAUCGUGUGCAGACUGUGGAAGCAGUGGUCAUCCGUCAUGUCUGAAGUUCUCUCCUGAGUUGACCGCCAAUGUAAAGGCAUUGCGAUGGCAGUGUAUUGAAUGCAAAACGUGUAGUUCCUGUCGAAUCCAGGGGAAAAAUGCUGAUGAAAUGCUUUUCUGCGAUUCUUGCGAUCGGGGGUUCCACAUGGAGUGCUGUGACCCACCACUAUCAAGAAUGCCAAAAGGAAUGUGGAUCUGCCAAGUCUGUAGGCCAAAGGACAAGGGAACAGGUCUGCUGCAUAAGAGAGCCGCCCAGAUCAAAAGAAGAUAUGCAAAGCCAAUAGGAAGACCCAAAAAUAAGCUAAAACAACAAACCAUGUCUGUAACCAGCGGAGACGGUUCCAUGGUAGCCCUGACGGGAAGGGGGUCACCUGGUAGGGGUCAAAAGAUUAUAGUCUGUACCACACCUUCAUCUGGUCAUGCUGCAUCUGUGAAGGCCGCAAGAAGCAGAUUGGCUGUUACAGACCCCUGUUGGGCGGGUGACACCACCAAAUUCACCACCACCACCUCCACCACCACCACCUCUUUCACGUCUACACCCACCUCCUCCAAACUUACUGUUAACAAGAAAACCAAAGGUCUCAUUGAUGGGCUUUCCAAAUUUUUCACACCGUCACCUGCCGGCCGCAGGUCGCGAGGCGAAAUGGUAGACCUCUCACAGCAGUGUCGACCAAGGAAACGGGGCCUUCAGAAACUAUCAUGCACUCCUCAUCCCAGCUCGGCGGCUACAGGUGCCACUCAAAAGCUAACCACCCCCCUCUGUCCACUCCUACCCCCGCCUCCAUUACCCGGACAGAGCCCCCCUUCACAGAAAUCCAACAAUUCCACCUCUGCUAACUCCCCUCAGAGCUCUUCCAGCCAGUCUAGCGUGCCCUCCCUUAGUAGCCUCUCCAAUAACAACCAGCUUAAGGGACUUUUUGAUGGACUCUCUCAUAUCUAUACCACUCAGGGACAAUCUCGGAAAAAGGGACUCCCUAGUUAUGCACCGCCUAAGCGCAUGCGUCGUAAGCCGGAUUUGUCUUCCACGUCCAAAUCUUGUCCCCAGCUCCACGGGAAGAAAGACAUUAAAAGUAGGUUAGCGUCCCACUCCUCCUCCUCCUCCUCGGGGUGGGGCAUUCCGAGAGGACGCCCCUUUAAGGCAGUGUGCCAUUUCAGACGCACGCCCUUCCUGAAAAAGCACAGGAUGCUAGGCAGGUUAAAAUAUAAAGCGACCCCUCAGAAGGGGACCCCCUCGCCAGGGAAGGGGGGCUUGGCAGACGGCAGAAGUAAACCUGAGCACGAUCAUGCAGACAGCGAAGGCACAAAACAUACAAAGAAGGACACUGCUGAUGGGACUGUGGCCGUUUCAAAGGAGCAUGUCACACAGGACGACCUGGAGAUGUUUAAGCGAGUGCAGGAGCUCUCCUUGCAGAAAACUGGAUGCAUAAACAAUGCAGAUUCUGGACGCUACCCUGCUAUCAUUGAAUUUGGGAAAUAUGAAAUACAUACCUGGUAUUCCUCGCCUUACCCACCUGAAUAUUCAAGAUUGCAAAAGCUUUAUCUCUGUGAGUUCUGUCUGAAGUACAUGAGAAGCAGGAAUAUUCUCCAGCGACAUUCGAAGAAGUGUGGAUGGUUUCACCCUCCGGCAAACGAGAUCUACAGAAAGGGUGACCUCUCGGUGUUUGAGGUUGAUGGAAAUGUCAGUAAAAUAUUCUGCCAAAACCUCUGCUUGCUAGCCAAGCUGUUUCUGGACCACAAGACUCUGUACUAUGAUGUUGAGCCUUUCCUCUUUUACAUCCUCACGAAAAACGAUGAAAAGGGCUGCCAUCUUGUAGGGUACUUUUCAAAGGAAAAGCUUUGCCAGCAGAAGUACAAUGUCUCCUGCAUAAUGAUUAUGCCUCAGUACCAAAGGCAAGGAUUUGGGAGGUUUCUUAUUGAUUUCAGUUAUCUACUCUCGAGGCAAGAAGGACAAGCUGGCUCCCCAGAGAAACCACUGUCAGAUCUGGGUCGCUUAUCCUACUUGGCAUAUUGGAAAAGUGUCAUACUGGAGUACCUUUAUAACCAUCCAGACAAACACAUCAGUAUUAAGGGAAUAAGCAGGGCCACUGGGAUGUGUCCGCACGACAUCGCCACCACUCUCCAGCAGCUGAACAUGAUUGACAGGCAGGAUGGCAGGUUUGUAAUAAUCAGACGAGACAAACUGAUUCAGAGGCACAUGGAGAGGCUGAAGUCCCACCCGCGCCUGAAUGAAGUGGACCCAGACUGCCUGCGCUGGUCUCCCGUCAUGGCUGUCAAUGCCGUGCUGUCUGAAGAGGAGCGGGAGGCGGAGAUGGAUGCUGAGCGCUUGAUGGAACAGUCCAGCUGUUGGGAGAAGGAAGAGAGGGAGGUCUUCAUGCUGACCCACAAUGGCCGACAGCCCCACACGAAGGUUCACUGCAAGAACCCGUACAGGAGGUCUCCGGACCGCCUCCCGACCGUCGCCGAGAGGGCUGCUCGGGAGAGAGAGGAGUACAGCGAGGAGGAGGACGACGAUAACUAUGACAGCUCGCCCCCUAUCCUGACGAAGGCCCAGUCCAUGCUCGGAGUCAAACGAAAGAGAACGCCGAUUUUGAGACGGAAGCGAGGCAGGAAGCGGAAAAGGAUCAACAGCAGCGUCACGACGGAGACCAUCUCCGAAACCACGGAGGUUCUGAACGAGCCCUUCGAGAACUCGGAGGACGAGAGGCCCAUGCCUCUCCUGGAGCGCACCUGCCGGAUGGACGAGACUGAGGAAGAGGAUGACGAGGACGAGGAAGAGGAGGACAAGCUCAGUAGGACAGCAGUGAAGCGGCGCCGUGGACGGCAGAGGGCUGUGAAAGGCUCAGAGAACGACAAUCAAAAACACAGAGAAACAGAGGAGGAAGAGAGAACCCAAGGUACCUGCGGACUUCUGAAGAAGGUGGACAAUCCUCGGCCUGUCAAGCGGAAGAAAGGCUGGCCCAAAGGAGUGAAGCGGGGCCCUCCCAAGUGGAGGCUGAAGAAGGAGCGGAAGAUGGGCUUCAAGCUCAACCUCUACACGCCGCCCGAGACGCCCCUGGAGGCCGACCACCAGAUCCAGGCGGAGGAGCCGAAGGAGGGCCAGGAAAAGGCCCCGGCCAUCACGGAGGAGGAGAGCGAGCCCGGCAAAGACAUGGAGCCCCUGGACACGGAGCUGGACAAGCUGCUGUCGGAAUCCCGCAGUCCUCCGCAGCUGCUUCCCAAGAAGCAGGACGAGUUCUUCGACAAGCUGGGCUCUCCGGAAGAGGCCUUCAGCCACGACGGGAGCCACGACGCGGAGGCCCCCGACCCCGCGGAGGAGGAAGACCGGGAGGGUAAGGGCGACGCGGGGGAGGAGGAGGACCGCAGCGCGGGGGCGGAGGAGCACGAGGACGAGGAGGAGGAGGAGGAGGAGCCGGUGCAUGUCGAGGACCACGACGCGGACGACGAAGACGACAGCCACGUCGACUCCACGGAGCUCGAGAAGCCGAAGGACGCGCCGGAGCCCUCCCAGGAGAAGCCCGAAUACCCGGAACCUUUUUUAGACCUGGACAGGCCGAACGGUCAGGAGCCGGGUCAGGAGGAUCUCUCUGCGGGCCAAGCCGGAGAGCUUCUCCCCGACAUCGACGAGGGCGAUCGGGGGAGCGCCGCUGAUCCGGGACACCCGGCCGAGUCCGAGUCCGACGAAGAGAACAAUCAUGGCCUUCACCAAAAGGAGAGGGAGCCCUUGAGCCCUGUGGUGAAAGAGGAUCAUCCCGUCUGUCCUGAGAUUGACACAGAGACCGUGCAGGCCGUUCAGUCCCUCACCCAGGAGAGCGAACAGGAGAGCAAUUUUCAGGACUGCGUGGAAACGCAAGAGGCCUGCCGGAGUCUACAGAGCUACGCGCACGUCGACCAAAGCCCCCAGAUGGCCCCCAUGGAUGACUGUCAGCAGUCGGAUCACAGCAGCCCCAUAUCGUCGGUUCACUCCCACCCCAGCCAGUCCGUGCGCUCAGUCAACAGCCCGGCCGUCUCCGUCCUGGAGAACAGCUACGCGCAGAUCAGCCCCGACCAGAGCGGCAUCUCGGUGCCGUCCCUGCAGAACAUGGAGACCAGCCCCAUGAUGGACGUCCCGUCCGUCUCGGACCACUCGCAGCAGGUGGUGGACAGCGGCUUCAGCGACCUGGGCAGCAUCGAGAGCACCACGGAGAACUACGAGAACCCCAGCAGCUACGACUCGACGCUGGGCGGGAGCAUCUGCGGGGCCGGCUCGUCCCAGAAUAGCUGCUCCUACAGCAACAUCUCCUCCAGCGGCCUCUCCCAGAGCAGCUGCGCGGUCACCCAGCAGAUGGCCAGCGUUAACGGGAGCUGCGGCAUGAUCCAGCAGAACAGCAUGAGCUCGCCGCAGAACUGCAGCGUCAAGUCGCCGCAGGGCUGCGUGGUGGAGCGGCCGCCCAGCAGCAGCCAGCACGGCCAGCAGCAGCAGCUGUCACAGUGCGGCAUGCCGGCGAACUUCGGCCCGCCCAUGCAGCUGGCCGACAUCCCCGAGUCCGGCAACCCCAACCUGGGCAUCUACGAGAGGAUGAGCCAGAGCGAUUACGGCGGCGGCCACUACUCGCAGCCGUCGGCGACGUUCAGCCUGGCCAAGCUGCAGCAGCUGACCAACACCCUCAUGGACCACCCGCUGCCUUUCAACCACUCGGCGUCGCAUCCCAUCACGUCCUAUGCAAACAGCGUCUCCCUGUCCUCGCAGCUCGGCAACUCCGGCCUGGUGUCCCUGCCGCAGUCCCCGCACGCGGUCCCCGGGGGCCCCCAGACGCAGGCCACGAUGACCCCGCCGCCGAACCUGACCCCCCCGCCGAUGAUGCUGCAGCGCAACAUGGCCGCCUCCAACAUGGGCAUCCCCCCCUCUCAGAGGCUCCAGACGCAGAUGGCCGCCAAGAACCACAUCUCCAUGAGGUCCAAGUCGGCGCCGCUGUCCCACCACCAACAGCAGAUGUACGGACGGGCCCCGCAGACCGUCCCCAUGCAGGCCCCGGCCAGGACGCUGGCCAUGCCGCGCAUGAACAUGGGCGUGAACCUCAUGCCCGCGCCGGCGUACAACGUCAACUCCAUGAACAUGAACAUGGCCCCUCUCAAUGCAAUGAACGGCUACAGGAUGACCCAGCCCAUGAUGAACAGCAGCUACCACGGGAACCACGCCUACAUGAACCAGUCCCCGCAGUACUCUAUGCAGAUGGGCAUGAUGGGAACGCAGCCAUACCCCCAGCAGCCCAUGCAGGCCCCUCCCCACGGCAACAUGAUGUACACUCCAGCAAGCCACCACGGCUACAUGAACACAGGCAUGUCCAAACAGUCCUUAAACGGACCUUUCAUGAGACGCUGAUCUCGCCUCCCUUAAUUCUAAACGUGCAUAUGAUCUGCA